UAACCUGAAAAGACAUUUUUGUAAAUAAAAAGUUGGAUUUGAUUUUUGUAAUUAUUUCAUGAUAUAUUUAUAUGGAUGAAAAAAUACCUUAAAAAAAAUCAAAAACCCUUUCUUUCAUGCUAAAAUAACACUCAUUUCCAAAUGUCAGAUCAGCGAGUUCCAUUGCUGGCGAAGCCUAGAGCUCAACGAAGAACAUUCAAAGCUUCAUUAGAGAGACGUCUAUGAAUGCUACCUUCUCCAAAAUAAUGGAAUGGCAAGGCAUCGGUUCCUCAAACAACUCGCUGGAGACCUUUCUUUCCUUGACUCCACAGUCUUCGCCAAGCUCCUGGAUUCUUGCGCCCGCUCCAAGUCCGCUCACCACACACGUCGUGUACAUGCUCGAAUCAUCAAAACCCAAUUUUCCUUUGAAAUUUAUAUUCAGAAUAGGCUCAUUGAUGUGUAUGGAAAAUGUGGCUGUUUGGAUGACGCUCGCACGGUGUUCGAUAAAAUGCCUCACAGAAAUAUUUUUACUGGGAACUCCAUUAUUUGUGCAUUAACAAAGUCGGGUUUUCUUGAUGAAGCUGUCCAGAUUUUUUAUUCCAUGCCUGAUCAUGACCAAUGCACAUGGAAUUCUUUGCUUUCAGGAUUUGCCCGGCGCGACCGAUAUGAAGAAGCUGUUGAAUGUAUUAUUAAGAUGCAAAGGGAGGAUUUUGUGUUGAAUGACUACUCUUUUGGUAGUGCUCUUAGUGCUUGUGCGGGGUUAAGAGAUUUGAAAAUGGGUAUUCAAAUCCAUGCUUUGAUAUCAAAGUCUCGUUACUCUUCAGAUGUUUAUAUGGGGUCUGCUCUGAUUGAUAUGUAUUCUAAAUGUGGGAUUGUGAUUUUGGCACAGAGAGUUUUUGAUUGGAUGGAAGAACGAAACGUUGUAUCUUGGAAUAGCUUGAUUAGUUGUUACGAGCAGAAUGGUCCUGCAAGUGAAGCACUUGAAGUUUUCCUAAAAAUGAUGGACUGUAGACUUGAACCAGAUGAGGUCACAUUAGCCAGUGUGGCAAGUGCGUGUGCAAGCUUGUUGGCUGUAAAAGAAGGACUUCAAAUUCAUGCCCGGGUUGUAAAAUGUGAUAAAUUGAGAAAUGAUCUUAUAUUAGGAAAUGCAUUGGUUGAUAUGUAUGCAAAAUGUGGUAGAAUCAAUGAAGCUAGAUGGGUUUUUGACAGGAUGCCGAUUAGGAAUGUAAUCUCUGAAACUUCUAUGGUUAGUGGUUAUGCCAAAGCAGCGAGUGUGAAAGCUGCUAGGUUAAUGUUUACAAAGAUGACUGAGAGGAAUGUCGUUUCUUGGAAUGCACUUAUUUCAGGGUACACACAGAUUGGGGAAAAUGAAGAAGCACUUUCACUCUUCCUUCUCCUAAAAAGGGAGUCGAUAUGGCCGACACACUAUACAUUUGGGAAUCUACUCAAUGCUUGUGCAAACAUUGCUGACCUGCAUCUUGGGAAGCAGGCUCACUCACAUGUAAUGAAGCAUGGAUUUCGGUUCCAAAAUGGUGAAGAGCCUGAUAUUUUUGUAGGGAAUUCUCUAAUAGACAUGUAUAUGAAAUGUGGAUCAAUUGAAGAUGGCUGUCGUGUUUUUGAAAAAAUGCUGGAGAGGGACCACGUUUCAUGGAAUGCUAUGAUAGUGGGGUAUGCUCAGAAUGGAUAUGGGACUGAAGCUCUUGGAAUAUUCAGGAAAAUGUUGGCAUCAGGGGAAAAGCCAGACCAUGUCACAAUGAUUGGGGUACUAUGUGCAUGUAGCCACACUGGGCUGGUUGAGGAGGGCCGUCAAUAUUUCUACUCUAUGACCGAAGAGCAUCAUUUGGUACCAUUAAAGGACCACUAUACGUGUAUGGUCGAUUUACUUGGUCGGGCCGGUCAUCUUGAUGAAGCCAAAAAUUUAAUAGAGACGAUGCCAAUGCAGCCUGAUGCUGUUAUUUGGGGGUCUCUGCUUGGUGCUUGUAAACUUCAUUGUAGUAUUACCUUAGGGAAGUAUGUGGCAGAAAAGCUCCUAGAAAUAGAACCUAUGAACUCUGGACCUUAUGUUCUUCUUUCAAAUAUGUAUGCUGAGCUCGGAAAAUGGGGUGAUGUUGUAAAAAUAAGGAAGUUGAUGAAUCAACGAGGAGUGAUAAAGCAGCCGGGUUGUAGUUGGAUUGAGGUAAAGGGUCAUGUACAUGUAUUCUUAGUGAAAGAUAAAAGGCAUCCUAAAAGGAAGGAAAUAUACACUCUUCUUAUGUCACUUACAAAACAGAUGAAGAGAGCUGGAUAUGUCCCAGAUCCAUGUGAUCACGAGGUUUGUGAAGAACUGAGUGACUCCGAAGUUGAACAUACCUCAUUCCACAUAAUGGAUAUGCCACAAGAUGUUGCUGCUAUAUAAUAUCUAGUCAAUUAUUAUCUAAAUGUUCUCUUUUUGGCGCUGCAUCUAACAAAAAUGUUGAUCAAUUAUGUUUUUCUCCCACUAUUGGGAUCACAAAUAAUAAAAUGAAUUUAACUGAU